AUGGCAUGUGAGUCGAGCUCAGAGGAGUCUGAGCCGAAGAAGCCCUGCAAGGCCAGCGAUAGCGAGGAGGACGGGUCUACCUCUGAUGCAGGCAAGGGCAAGAAGAAGAAAGCCGACAGUAGUGCGGAGCCCGAGAAGAGUCCGGAUCCCGAGUCUACGGAAGACGAGGGCGAGGAGGACAAGAAGGCCAAGGUGAACGAAAGCUCGGAGAGCUCUGGGGACGAGGAUGAGGAAGACGAAGACUGCAAGCAAGCGCAGGAGGCUGCAGCGAAAGCAGCGGAUCAGGCGCAAAGCGCGCGGUCCAGGCUGGAGGAGGCCAAGGCUGAGCUGAUGAAGCUCAACAAGGAAACGGACGACAUGGAGAAAGAGGCGUUGGAGGCUGCCGAGAAGGCGCAGCACGCCAAGAAGACGCGCGACGACGCCAAGAAGGAAGCGGAGGCCGCAGCCUCGCGGCUGAAAUCCGCCGAUGCCGUCUACAAAGUGGCCAGCGAGCACCUCAAGACCUCGGCCAGCAAGCUCAAAGAGGUCCAGGCCAAGAUUCCGACAGCCCAUGACAGCAUCGAUGCGAGAGCUGCAGAGUAUCAGGCCGCUGAGAAAGCGGCAGCUGCUGCGCAGGAUGCAGCAGAAACUGCGCAGGAGGCGCGCCGGCAACGUGCCAAGGAAGCCGAGGCUCGGAAGGCUGCCGUGAAGGCGGCCAAGGCCAAGGCCGCGAAGGCCGCGAAGGCCCGGGCAAAGGCAGCUCAGGCGGCGGCGGAGGCAGCGCAGGAGGAGGCAUUGAAAAAGAAGCCGCGGAAGAGGAAGGCGGAGAGCGCAUCCUCGAGCCCGGCGCCCUCCGCACCCUCAGCGCCGUCGCAGCAAUCGCAGCGAUCGCGCAGCGAAUCUGAGAAGGGCUCUCCGAAAGGAGAUGGCUCGGAAUCGGAAAAAGACGCUUCUGACAGAGACGACGGCUCAGGCUCUGAGAAGUCCCGAGAAGGGCCGUCGAAGCAAAGCGAGCCGCGGUCCAGGCGGAAGCGCUCUCGCGGGAAGAAGGACGAGGAGUCUGACGAUAGGUCGAGCGCCUCGAAGCCGCGUUCGAAGCAAAAGGCUUCCACGAGGAAGAGUUCUGCGAAGGGCUCGCCACCCAGGAGGCCGAAGUCUUCGUCCUCCAGGAGUGGGCGACGGAAAGCCGCUUCCCGCUCCAGGCGGCACUCCAAAUCUGCAUCGAACCGAAGGAGGCGAGCAUCGCGGAGACGGUCCUCCAAGCGGAGAGAAGCAUCCAGGUCGGCCUCCGUCCGCCAGAAGUCGUCCCCCCGAAAGCGUGGGCGGGGCAAAGCGUUGUCGAGGUCACCGAAGAGAAGCAGGUCACGAGUCGCCAAGCUGAAGUCUCGCGAGGCACGAGAGGCUGGGGAGUCCGCAGCCAAGGGCCCUCCCGCCAAGGUCAUUGAGUUGGGUGAUGCCGUCGAGGAAACCAAUGUGGCCAUAGUGCGAACAGGGGCGCCCAUGAACACCGGAGAUCCGACGUACCAGGCCGAAAUCCUGGUGCCACAGGCUGGCACACAAGCUGUGAACCACUCUGGGCGACCUCGUGUCAUGUGCAUUCGCGGACCUACUCGGUCUUCGAGGGACCAAGCGUUGAUCGACGCGGCGCAGCUCACGGAGGCAGCAAAAGCGGAUCCGAAGACGGCCCCGCCGCUCAGAGACUCAGAGAUCCAGCACAGUGCAGUGACAGCAGUGACAGCAGUUGAAGUUUUGUCUUGGAUCCAGGCUUCAGAUGGCUGCAUGAACCGAAGCAGCGCCAACCUCCCGUCAAAAGCUGUUAUGGAAGAGUGGAUCGAAGCCAAGCUGCAUCAAGCUGCCAUGGAGACACCUCCGGCCUGCGCGUCACUGAGCUGUCCGCAGUCGCAGAUGUGCCAGCAGCGCAGCUUCCCGAUGACGUCGCUGACAAUCGACCAUGGGCCUGAGAUCGUACUUGAAAAAAGCAACAUCCCGCUCGUUUGCCGUCACGAGUGCCCGUUCGCAGUGCCGGCGCAGCUGGGCGUCCCCGGCAGGAGGUUGAUUCGAGUUGCUGUGCUUGAGGCACCUGCUCGUGAUGCAACCGAUGUGACGGAACGCCUCCUCUCACGCAGGCCCACGGAGCUCAUGAAGGCUCUCUAUCAAUGUGAGGGCAAGGGGAGUGCAGUGAUCAAGCAGAGCAGAGCGGUCCCACCCCUUGGCUCUGCAUUCCACGCGCACCAGCUCGACGACCUCUGGGUCUGCACAUCCCCGAGCCCGGCCACUUCAGCCUGGGACUGCGUUCGAGACUGA